AUGGGCAACAAGAAAACUGACGAGGAAAUUUGCUUCGGCAGAAUCAAGGACGUUCGCCGUCGUCCUCGAGCUGGCACCCCAACCGGUGGCGCAGCUCCCCCUCCGCCUUCCGGCGGCGCCUUCUCGUCCCUGUCUUCUGCCCCAGCUGCCCCAGCGUUCCAAUCCACCUCAUUCAACUCCGCACCCUCGACUGGUUUUAGUUUCGGACAAGGCCAGAGCCAGAGCUUCCCAGGCGCUAGCUCAGGGCCCACCCAGCCCGCUCAAGCUGCAUCGGCCCCGUUCUCCUUCGGCGAUAGUGGCUCGACCGGUUUCAACUUCUCGUCCUCGGGCUUCGGCAGCUCUGCUCCAUCGACUAACCCAUUUUCUUUCAACGCGGCCACUCCUGCCCCCCAGUCGACACCCGGCGCAUCCACGAGCUUUGGCGGGUUUAGUACUCAGCCGACAACCCAGUCAUCUUUCUCGAACGGCAUCUUCGGAGCACAGCCGAAUGCAAGCGCCCCGGCAAGCACUCCUGUCUUCGGACAAGCAGCUACAGGCUCCCCCGCGAACCCUGCUUCAGAAUCCAUGCAAAUGUCGCCCGACGCAAAGCCCAAAGCGCCUUCCUUCAAUGGCAACUCUUCGGCUGAUCCCCAAAAGAAAAUCUGCGGGGGCUCGUCUGGGGCUUCGAAUUUGUUCUCGCCCAAGCCUGCUGCUGCACCGGCCAGCAAUCCAUUCGGAGGUUUGAAUGCCGCUCCGACUACUGACAAGCCCUCCAGCGAUAAGGCAGAGAGCUUCGUAGCUAAGCCUGCUUUUGGUACGCAAUCGACUACUCAAACAACACCGGCCAAGCCAUUCGGUGGACUCUUUGGAGCAACUCCUGCUGCGUCUACUCAGGAGCCUGAGAAGGCGAGCACCCCAAGCGUCUUCUCAUCAACGCCUGCCUCUCAACCUGUAGGCGGCAAUCUUUUCGCCCCCAAGCCGGCAUCUUCGGACUCCGACAAAGCGAAUGCUCCCAAGCCUGCUUUGAACAACAUUUUCUCACCAAAGCCAGCCGCAGAAAUCCCUGCGCCUAGCAACCCGUUCGCUCCGAAGACGGCAUCUGAACAAAACACUGCUGCUGCCUCCCACAACGCGCAACCUUUCAAAAUCCUUUUCGGUGGCGGGGGUUCCUCGCAGCCUACAUUCGGUAACAUGUCCCCGGCGAAGCCUGCCAAUGAGGCCACGAAUCUAUUCGCUCCGAAGGCACCGACGGAUCAGGCUUCUGAGAAGCCUGUCGAACCUUCGCCCUUUAAGGGUCUUUUUGGUGGAAAUUCUACCAUGUCCCAGCCUUCCGAGUCCGAGAAGCCGGGGUCCAUCCCCUCGGCUACUGCAAGCUUGUUCGCGCCCAAGCCAACUGAGGAUCAAGGGUCUGAGAAGCCCGCGAGCCCUAAUCCCUUCGGGUCACUUUUCGGCGCCAACUCUGCCACACCCAAGUUCUCCGAGCCUGAGAAAGCUCAAUCAACCCCUGCUCAGAACUUGUUUGCGCCGAAGCCAGCCGAUGAACAACCCAAACCCGCAGGUGCUAACCCGUUCGGGUCUCUUUUCGGUGUCACUUCUGCACCUAUUUCAUCCGAGCCCAAGAACCUUCAACCUACUCCUACCGCGGCUCCCAGUCUUUUCGCAUCAAAACCAGCUACAGAGCAAACAUCCACGAGCCCUGCCAAGCCCUCGUCGACCCAGCCGUCUGGCAACCUGUUCGGUGGAAAAACCGCGGCACCUGCAUCUAACCAGUCGCAAACUUCACUGGGUACCCCAGGCCUCUUCAGCUCUCCUGCCAAUUCUGCCUUGGAUCCGGCGGCCCGACUUCCGAAGUUUGAUCUUCCCACCGGUGCAAACGAAGUAACUCCAAAUUCGGAGUUAUUCUUCAAAGUCAAGUCUCUUGAUCAUUUUUUCAAGCAGCAAUUGCUCCAGUGCGAGCCUGGAAGCGAUGCCUUUGACAACCUGGUCCUCUUCUACUUGAAGGCCCGUCAGGCCAUGGGUGCCCCUCUCAAACCCAAGGGUGCGGUCAAGCUGAAAGGCAAUGUGUCCUCAGUGAAGUUAACUCCCAACGCACAAAAGCCAGCAGUCACUGCUGAUGCUAACUCUUCAAACACUGCGCGUUUGUUUUCGCAGUCUUUCUCGUCUCCUGCCAGCAACCCGGCUCAGUCGGCCGAUGGGCCGUUGCAGGCGAAGAGCUCUGCAGCUGCGGCGCCUAAGGCAAACCCCUUUGCCUCUCUCUCCAACGGGAAUGCCGUCGCUGCUCCCAAGGAGAAUCCUUUUACGAAUAUUUCUAUUGGGAAUGCCUCCACCGCAGCCGAGAAGGCACCAAGUGCCUCUGCUCCUGGAGCGCCUAAGUUGGCUGGCAACAUGUUUGCCAAUCCCAAGCCUUCAGGUACUCAGGCUACAUCUGGUCUUCCGAAAUUCGGUAACGGUUCUGCUGGUGUCGAUUUCAUGGCCCAGUUCAAGAAGAAGGCAGAGGAAACUGAGGCCAAAGAGAAGGCUAAGCGAAAGGCGGAAGAUUUCGACUCGGACGAGGAUGACGAAGCAGAUUGGGAACGCAAAGAUGCCGAGAAACAACGCGAAAAGCGUGCGAAGCUUGAGGGUAUCUCCACGAAGAAAUCCGUGUUCGUCCCUGGGGAAGGGUUCAAGUUUAUCGAUGCUGAUGAACCAUCUCCAUCCGAUUCUGGGGCCAGUGCUUCUCAGCCUGCAGAGAAGUCCCCUUUGACUGCCGCUUCUCCUGCCCCAUCUACUACUUCCAUUUUUGAAUCGUCCAGUCGCCCUCUCUCCAACUCUCAGAACAUUUUCGGUCGUCUUUCUGCAACUCCACAGCCGUCCGAUAAUGCAAUGGAUAGUGACGACUCCGACAACGAGGCCAAGGACGGCUCUCCCAAGCGUCGUGCUUCUGAGGCCAGCGGAGAUGAGGACGAUUCUCCCCGCAAAUCCAAGCGAAACAAAGCGUCUGAGAUUUCUGAGACGACUAAGUCGAGCUUGGACACACCCAUCCCGGCUCCGACCGCUGCUGCUGGACGCAGUCUGUUUGCUCGAAUCGGGUCACCGGCGCCCCAGAAGGAUUCUCCUAGCGCCACAUCAAGUCUGUUCUCUGCCAGUUUUGCCAAGACAAACUCUUCUCCUGCCGACAACACCUGGAAGCCCAACAUGCCCAUUAAGUUCGGUGAUUCAACUGCAACCCCUGCGCCUACUCCUGUGUCUACCCAGGCCUCCAGCGUUGCCAAUGGCACCUCCGAGGAUGCCACACCUGAUGAAGAGGCCGCCCCUGGUGCUAUCUUUGACCUGUCCAAUGCAGUCAACGGCGAACAGGAUGAAAAGGUCGAAUUUGAAUGUCGGGCUCGUGCAUUCAAGUUGGCUACGGGUUGGACUUCUCAGGGCACUGGCAUCAUUAGACUCCUCAAGCACCCCGAAACCGGCCGCUCUCGAAUUGUCCUCCGCAGUGAUCCCGGUGGAAACGUCAUCCUGAACACCUACCUCCAGAAGGAGCUUGACUAUGCGAAGAUGAACAACAGUGUGCAGUGCAUGGUCCCACAGCCCGACGGCAAGCCUGAACACUGGGCCAUCCGUGUCAAGGCCGAGUCCAUUGAAGGUCUUCACAACAAGAUCCAGGAACUCAAGAACUAA